GUGUUUCCGAGCGGGCCCAGACUCCCGGGAUGCUAGCCAGGAAGGGUCUGCUGCCGGAGGAGUUCCUCCUGACCCGGCUGGCGGAGGAAACGGGCCAGCCCAGUCGAUACCGGUCCAAGACACAGAGAGCCCGCUUCAUCACGAAGGGAGGGUCCUGCAAUGUGGCCCACAAGAACAUCAGGGAGCAGGGCCGCUUCCUGCAGGAUGUCUUCACCACCAUGGUGGACCUGAAGUGGCAGCACUCUCUGCUCAUCUUCACCUCCGCCUUCCUCUGCUCCUGGAUGCUGUUCGCCAUGGUCUGGUGGCUGAUUGCCUUCGGACACGGAGACCUGGAGCCCCGGGAGGAGGGCUGGCCGGGUCCUGCGCCCUGCGUCACGGCCAUCCACUCCUUCACCUCCGCCUUCCUGUUCUCCAUCGAGGUCCAGGUCAGUAUUGGGUUCGGGGGGCGGAUGGUGACGGAGGAGUGUCCUCUGGCCAUCACUGUGCUGAUAGUCCAGAACAUCGUGGGCCUGAUCGUCAACGCGGUGAUGCUGGGCUGCAUCUUCAUGAAGACGGCGCAGGCCAACCGCCGCGCGGAGACCAUCAUCUUCAGCCGCACCGCCGUGGUCGCGCUGCGCAACGGCCGCCCGGCGCUCAUGUUCCGGGUGGGCGACCUGCGUACCAAUGUGUCUGUCUCUCUCUGUGUCUCUCUCUGUCCUCCUCCCGCCUGCGCCCAGGUGAUUCGGCGGAUGGUGUCGAAGGAGGGGGAGGUGAUCCCAGUGUCCCAGCUGGAUAUCCAGGUGGAGAAUCCGCUGCGCAGUAACGGGAUCUUCCUGGUCUCUCCUCUCAUCAUCAGCCACACCAUCGACCGCUCCAGCCCCCUGUACGAGCUGUCGGCACAGUCCCUGAGCACGGAGGACAUCGAGGUGAUCGUCAUCCUGGAGGGUGUGGUGGAAACCACAGGGAUAACGACCCAGGCGCGCACCUCCUACCUUCCUGAUGAGAUCCUCUGGGGGCGGCGCUUUGUUCCUAUAGUAACGGAGGAGGACGGGCGCUACUCGGUGGAUUACUCCAAGUUCGGGAACACGGUCCCGGUCCGGAUGUCCCCACUCAGUGCCAAGGAGCUGGACCAGAACAGGGGAGAGGCAGGGGGCGGGCACAGACUGGGAGGGGAGGAGCCGGGGCACAUCCAGGACUGGGGAUUGGUCAGGGCCGGAAGGGGAGGGUUCAGGAGAGGGGGCCGGGCCCACGAUAGCUCCGCCCCUUGGUCUUCAUCCUUCUCCUACUACUGUCGGCGAGAGGGAGGAGUGGAGGGAGAGGGGGAGAGGGGGAGAGAGGGCAGGAAGGGCAGGAAGGGGCAGAGAGCAGUGACGCUGGAGGAGAUAGGGAGGGAGAUCGAGGAGGAGGAGGAAGAUGAGAGUGUGUGAGAGCCUGUUGACCUCUCUCUGCUCCCUGUCCUGCUGGCUGUGUUAAUAACUGUGGGGCUCUCUGCUGUUACUUCUUCUGUUCUCACUGUGUCUCCUGUCCUGCUUAACACUGAGAGGUUCUGCUCUAUCUUAUUUUUUUCCAUCCCUCUGAAGUGAAAAUAAUAUACGGCAUGUGUAUGUAUUUCAGAUUAAUCUUAUUUAUGAUGUCAUUAGGGCUGGAGAGCAGAGACAUGUCUCAGAGAGGAAAUACUGGGUUAUCUGCUGCCCUGCUGCUCACACAGGAAACCCUGUGAUAAAUUCUCAUUGUCUGACACAGAAGAAGGUUCAGUGACACUCUGUUUGUUGGGCCUGUGUGUGAGUGUGUGUGUGUUCAGUCUUGACGGUGUUCAGUGACUCUCAGUGUGCUGGCCUGUGUGUGAGUGUGCGUGUUCAGUCCUGACGGUGCUCAGUGACUCUCAGUGUGCUGGCCUGUGUGAGAGUGUGCGUGUUCAGUCCUGACGGUGCUCAGUGACUCAGUGUUCAGAGCUGGUGUGUGAGUGCGCUGGUGUUAUUGCUGUAUACUGUCUGCCUAUGGCUCUGUUCUGGGGUGGCUUCAGUAAAUCUCUUUUGAAAGAAACAGCACAGUAGCUCAGAUUCUUCUUUCUGAGGAGGUUGACUCCACUGCCUGUGUCCCCUCGAGCACUGAAGGGCUGGGCGCUGACUGGGCCAGCCUGAGGGAAGUGCUCACUGAGACAGAGAUUCCUCAC